CUAGUAGUACUCUAAACUCGAUUUGAAAUUGAAAUGAAAGGAAAAUAGAGGAGAAUGGAAAACACUAACGGGUAAAGAGGCGAAAUAGCUUGCUCUCUCAUCACCAUCGUCACCUUCUUCAUCAUCAAUUCAUCAUCAUAUUUUCCCCAAAUUUUCUAUCCCCAAUUCUCAUUUCAUCUCUUCUUAUUCUUCUUCGCAUAAAAUGCCCUACUUUUGAUUAAUUCCAAUCGUCAUCUCCUAAACUUUUCAUCCUCUUUCUCUACCUCUUACUUCCUAUUCCCAAUUUUGGAGUUUUGGGGACGAAUAAUUAUGCAUAGAGAAAGAAAUUCUCUCGAAGGGGGGUCGUCAAAAGCUGGAAUUUUUGAUAGAAAACGAAUUCAUGAUGUUUUAGAUAAGCAUCUUGAACGAACUUCUCCUUCAGCUUCUAGAGGAUUUCCGACUAACCCUAAAGAGAAAGAUUCUAGGGUUUCUGUUCCGUCUACUUCCGCCAGAAAAACGCCGGCUGAUUAUUCUGGUUUAAACAGUUCUAAAAAUCGCUUGGAUGGGUCUGAAACGGACAGUGAAGAAACAGAUGUUAGCGGUUCUGAUGGUGAGGAUACAUCAUGGAUUUCAUGGUUUUGCAAUUUGCGAGGAAAUGAAUUUUUCUGUGAGGUUGAUGAUGAUUAUAUCCAAGAUGACUUCAACCUUUGUGGUUUGAGUAGCCAAGUUCCUUAUUAUGAUUAUGCACUUGACCUCAUUUUAGAUGUUGAGUCUUCUCAUGGUGAUAUGUUUACAGAGGAACAGAAUGAGUUGAUUGAAUCUGCAGCAGAAAUGCUUUAUGGUCUAAUUCACGUCCGAUACAUCUUGACUAGUAAAGGAAUGACUGCGAUGCUAGAGAAGUACAAAAGAUAUGAAUUUGGGCGUUGUCCUAGGAUUUACUGCUCCGGACAGGCUUGCCUUCCCGUCGGGCAAUCAGACAUUCCACGAUCAGGUACCGUGAAGAUGUACUGCCCCAAAUGCGAAGACAUCUAUUAUCCAAGAUCCAAAUAUACAGGCAAUAUUGAUGGUGCUUACUUUGGGACUACAUUUCCUCAUUUGUUCCUGAUGACAUAUGCGAACGCAAAGCCUACACAAGCAACUAAGAGCUAUGUGCCAAGAGUAUUUGGUUUCAAGGUCCACAAGCCCUGAUGCCUAGCAUUUCAUGUUGCAUUUCACUAUGACGGGGAAGAUCACUGCUUACCAAUGAAUGAUUGUUCUAUUUUGGACGUAUGCUUCAGCUCUUUCAGGUAAAACUGCAGUGAUGGUUUUAGCGAAUUUACAAACGAAAUUUUAGGGACUUCCAUGUACGGGGGAUAACAGAUGAAUUUUACCGUGUGCAUGUAGUUAAUUGUUUACUCCCAAUUUCUUUUGGUAGUCACUAGUAACUUGGUCCCAAUAAUUGCCUCCCAUUUCUCAUUGUUGUCGUCGAUCAACUUUAGUUAUUUGAAAUUUGUAUCAUGGAUGUGUACAGUGUGUAUCCGAAAAUACUCAGAUCCAAGACAUUAUUAACAUGUUCAUGUUGCUCAAAUUCAUCGAGACUGAUGUUGGCUUUGUAAUGCCAAUCCUCUUCAAUACGAAAGUAACCAAAUUGAUGAAGCUUACAAAAGCUAUUGCAAGGCGAAGCUUAGCUUGUUCAAGCCGAUAUUUGGAUUGUCAAAACUUUUAGAAAUCUUAUAAACGACUUUCUUUGUUUCAAUUUGUUUGCUUCAGUUUGACAAAAAUAAUUACGUAAUUUUAUUCAAAGUGCGACAAUCGACAAGCAAAUAGUGAAGUAUAACUACUAACAAGCAGUUAAUGAGCUCAGAUGGAAGACUCAUGCAAGAAAUGAAGAUGUCUUGUGCAAAAUAGUAGAAAAUUCAAAG